AUGAAUUUUUACAUUUUCAAAUCUGUCUAUGCAAUCAGGCAUCAACAUUCUUGGCGAUUUAUUGAUUCCAAACGAGUAUGGCUGGGAAUCAUAAGAAUACUACAUCUUAGAGAAUGGGUCGGAGUUUGCAAAAACAAGAAUCACAUAUUGCAUUGAAGCAUCAUGGGCCAGGCUGCAUGUGGGGAAUUCUUCACAAUUUGCAGCAGAAUAGAUGGCACAAAGUCGUGAAAAAGCUCCCUCGUGCACGCCUCGUUCAUGGAAGGCAUUCCAAUGGUGCUAAACCAGAUGCUGAACAACUAGAGCAAGACGCAGCUGGGCCUUCAACACUCGUAAAAUCUAAUGUUGAUCCUAGCCCGUCCCACAAAAGCUCGAUGAAGUCGAGAAUUAAAGCCUUCACGGAUGAGGUGUAUAAGAGGAAGGGCCGCCACCGGAGGAGCACAUCUUACCCUGUAAGAAAACCACCCGAUGAAAACCUUCCCUCACAUCAGAAAGGGAAGUCUCUGGAUGGCGUGGUGCCUCAAAACGCCGUUGAGGGUUCACACCACUCAUCUGACUCCUCCUCACAUCAUCAUGUGAGGUUGAACUAUUUGAAGCAGAAUGAGAUUGAUCAGCUUGGGGAUCAGCCAAUUAGAGAUCACACUCUUGUUCAUGGGAACUUGAUCUAUGCAAUCGAGCCGAGUAGAGGCGAUGCCCUUCAAGAGUCCAAACUAUUUAUGGAUGCCUUGACUCUGCUGAAUGUGAGAGAGGAGAUGUUCUUGAAUAUCUUGAAAGACCCUAGCAUAUCCUUGACUAAUCAGCUGCAUUGUAGGCGAUCCCCUAAUCUCAGGUACGGCUUGAACAAGUCCAUGUCGUUUGCAGCUUCUGCUCCCUCAAUUGCAAGAGAUUUCGAUGACUUGGAAGCUUCUAGAAGAAAACAUGAAACUAGAUGUGAAGAUGAUGACACAAAGGAGAGUUGUGAGGUUUUGGACAAUGCUGCUUCUCCUGCAGCAGCAGCAGCUAACAUUCUUAGGAAAAAGAGUGAUGAAAACAGAGCUGGCCUAAUCCAUUUCAAGAAUAUCCGAGACAAGAUUAAGUAUGUGAUCCGGGAUAGGAAAAAGGAGAAGAAUCGGAUCAUGAUGGACGCGCUGCACCAUAAGGUACCUUAUGGCGUCAGCCCCUCCAAGAAGUUGGCCGAAGAUAGUAGCCAGCCGGGGUGGUCUGAUUUUGGCAAAACCUCCAUAAAAGAGUACAAGAGAACAACCUCAUUUGAUAAUUCAUUGGAUAGGUAUAACCAGUUGCUAGACACCAAAGAUGAAUCAAAGCCUAGUGCACAUCCAAGCAAGCCUGCCACACUAGGAAGAAUUCUUUCACUCCCUGAUAUCAGGUCUCACAUUCCUGAUAUCAGGUUUAACCCAUCAACGGAAACUCCUUUAGUCUCAGAAAAUAGGAAUCAAGAGCAAGUGAAGGAUGAGUCAUCAGCUGAUGAGAGCAGCCCAGAACCCAUGCCAUCAAAAUCAGAAGUCGAGCAACAAGCAUAUGUCUUAGAUGAUUCGCAUCGGGAGCCAUCGCAGGACCUAAUCGAGCUUGAUGUCCCAGAAGAAGAGCUCGUAGAAGAGAGCCAAAUGCAACAGCUGUAUGGCGAGCUGAUGAAGCAGGAGGAUGCGAAAAACAACGCAGAGUUCAACUACGUGAGAGGCGUGCUUGAGCUAUCCGGGUUGACGAGUAAUGAAGGCGUUGUAGGGGAGUACCCCCUCAACCCCUCAGUGUUUGAGGAGCAACACGAAUACUGUUGUGCACCAAAUCAAGAAGAAGAUGGGGUCUCUAACCAAAUCCUCUUAUUCGAUCUCAUUAACCAAGUCCUUCUAGGGAUCCAUGAAAGAUCCUUCUGCUACUGGCCUGCGCCUCUAACUACCCGCUCAACCAUGCACCCAUUGCCCAAGGGAUCACGUGUUUUGGAGCAAGUGUGGCGUGAGAUCAAAUGUUUGCUUAGCUCCGCCCCUCAAUCUGAUCAGGAUAUGGAUUAUGCUGUUACUCACGACUUGUCUAGAAACGACGGUUGGAUGAAUCUGCAAUUGGAUGCAGAGUGUGUUGGCCUUGAGCUCGAAGAACUCAUAUUUGAUGAUCUAGUUGAUGAGAUUUUAUCACUUUGAUUUUCUCACCAACAAUUCUCCAUAGAUUUUAUUGUACUAGUUUCAUUAUCAUAUUUGUACAGUAUGUGAUAUGAUAUCAAGUGUAAAGAUGGAAAAUGAUCAAGACCAAAUACAAACAUAGUUGAAUAUCGAGCA